GCCCCACGAGCCCUCCCCUGUUCCUUCCAAAGGCCGAUUGUGGGCAUGUCCCACCCUCAGAUGGUCGCAGGCCUGACUAGAAGGAUGAACCGUGCACUGCUGCUCCUGUCCCUGACGUGGGCCCUGACUGGGACCGUGACCCCGCAGACUAGUACAGAGUCGUGCCCGAAGAGACUCGUGGGGGACGAGAGAAGGAGGACGUGUCCGCGUCCAUGCAAAGCUGACCAAGACUGCGGCAACAAGCGUCAGUGUCUGUGCGAUGGACAGUGUGGUCUCAGCUGUGUAGCUCCAGGUCGUACGUGUCCCUGGCCGCUGCCCCCCAGGGAAGACGCCGUGGCUCGGCUCCUUUCUCCCACGCACUCCUUCUCCGCCCUACUGGAGGUGCGAUGCAAGCCGGGGUUUACGUUACCCAGCGGCACGGAUGCCACCAUUCGCCGUUGUCAAGGUGACCGCCAGUGGAGCGGGGAUGAGCCCGUCUGCACAGAAGCUGAACUCCCUGCAGCUACUGCGUCAUCCCCGACCUGCCUCCUUCCCCAGGAGGUGACGAGCACCUUUGCCAUCGAGGGCGCCGCCGCCGUGGGGACGGCCAUCCGCUACAGCUGCCUGUCAGGGGCCGACAUAGUGGGAAGCAGUGAGAAUUACUGUCAGGAGAAUCAAACCUGGCAGUAUCCACACCCCAUCUGUAAAAAAGUGUACUGUGAGCCACCUCGCGAGGUGGCGCAAGGCUACGUGGUGGCCGUCCAGAAGACGGAGUAUGAGGUGGGCUUUGACAUCCAUUACCUCUGCAAGAAGAACUUCCGCCUGGACGGACCCCAGAAGGUCACCUGUUUGGCUAACGGCAGCUGGAGCGCGGCGCCCCCGUCCUGCAGGGCUCGCUGCCUCAUCCCUGCCGAGAGAAGCCGCGUGAUGGUUGACGGCGUGAAGCGGUGGCCUUUUGACAUCACAGAUGCCAUGGUCCCUCACGGAGAGACCGUCACGUUCUUCUGCAAACACCCUCACAAGCAGUGCAGCUUCAGCGCCGCACAGACGUGCUCGGACGGCAAGCUGCAGCGGCCCGCCUGUUACCUCGAGCCCACUUGGCUGCAGUAUAAACUCUUCCCUCACCGGCUCGUCUCCCAGAUUGAAGCGUGCGACAGCGCCGACGAAGAGGAGACCUUCUGACCUUGUUGCGCACUCGUAACACACUGUCACGUCUCCUGUUGCUGUGGUUCAGCGGGCCCCACUGCCUGAUCUGUGCCUCCCGGUGCUUGAUUCGAACCCUGCUCAGACCAUAUGCCCUCCUCUCGUCCAUUCUCUGAAAAUCACUUUGUGUCAUAUUGACUGUAUUAAAACAGUCAUUAUGACGUGAGAGUAGUACAUGAUCAAUAGGACCUGUGAAAAAAUAUCUGCCGUCUCUGGCCACGUUUCAACUUCAAACUGAUAACACGGAAUGCGGCUGUGAUUGUGUAACAAAUGAUUGAUACUUUGUAAGUCACGCCUUCUGUCUCCGAUUGGUUGCGCAGUGGUUUCUGAUUUGAUUUCUAAAUCAAAGUCGAGACACAGGAUGGGGCCAGAGACGGCUGAUUUUUUUUUCACAGAUCAUUUUUUUUGUCAUGCAGAGUGGCGCCUUGGGAUACAAGUGACCUGCCUCUUGAGUUUUCCGAGACAAAAGCUGUCGUUGGUCUGAUUUGUAUUUUUUUUUUGCUUGUACUUGCAACCGCUGUAUGGUGGCAUUGAGCUCAGUUCACUUCACAAUAAGCAGCAGUUUGGCAGAUAGUUAACAAUUCUUGCAAAAAGAGACUUCAAACUGUUUAACGCUACUCCCAGUUAAGGUUUAUUGUCAAACUUAACAUAAAACAAAGAGAAUUACAUGUCGUGUAUUUAAAAUAACCACAUAAUUUUGCUUUACUGUCCGCUAGUUUAAUGCCAACACAUAAUGUGAAACACUAUAGACAGGCUAACGAAUAGCAUUAAUAAUGUUGGAGUUAUAGCCCUUUAAGAAAUGGAUAUUUGAACAUGGAAUGGUGGAGCAACACAUGUAGACAAGAUAUCACUAUACGCAAAGGCAUAUAUUCUUUAUCCUCUGUGAAGAAUGACUAAUAUUAUUCCAGUUUACUAAAGCACAGUGUAGUGGUGACUCUUCUUUGUGUCUGUAUGACUGUAUUAUACUACACCCAAGUCGCCAAGGCAGGCACACCAAAGGGAACAGCACAAUGAAUUGAAUGGAAGCAUUAAAUCAUGAUGCGCUGACUGUUUAAUUCUUUACAUGAUAUUUAAUUAUUUUAUUAUUACGCCAUGCUUUUAUGAAGUACAAUAUUAUUGAAUGUGCUUUUCCACAAUACAUUUUUUGAUGAGGAGGAGAAUGGCAUGAAUUAAUGGCUUUUUUUUCAAUCCAUAUCAAUGGGGAAAAAUUGAAGUUUAAGAAGUUACAUGUGUGGGCACGGAAUAAAAUAAACUUGUAUCUCAAGGCA